AUGGCCCGUAGUGGAGUUGCUGUCUUGAGCCUCGCCGUUCUGCUAACGGCAUUCGAAUUUGGCUCGUGCUUGCGGUGUUACCAGUGCAACUCUGCGUCCGACCCCACUUGCAAAGAUCCUUUUUCUGGGAAGACUACAGUGGACUGUUCGACCCAGGACUCCAUAAACUAUAACCGCGCCUACCUCCGAGGUAUUCUGCCCAAUGAGCUGGUGGACGCCGUUGCGGGAGCGCCAAGAUACUGCCACAAGAUUGUGAUGCAAAACGGUGCAACCAUCCGUACCUGCUUGGACGCGAACCCCACUGAUCUGAACCAAACGUGCCGCCUCCUGGAUAACACGGCGAAGACCUUCCCGCUCGACUCCACCAAGCAGAUCAAACAUUGCAGUGUAUGCGACAAGGAGAACUGUAACGGAGCCAGUUCCAUCAUGGCCUCUCUCCCGUUGGCCGCUUUGGCGCUCGCCGCUUCCUACCUUCUGUACAAACAA